UAUCAAUAUAAACGUUUGAAAAAAAAAGAUAGUGUUAUAAAUCCUACCCAAUCCCAAAGUAUUAUUAACCAAUAAAACUCGAGUGGACUUGUACCUGAAAACCCAAAAAAUUCUUAUCUGCCCAGGCCUACCCGAGCGUAAGUUGGUUAAUCAGUGUUCCGUGUCGAUCAGGUUUCUCCCAAAAACCUUUACUGUCUUUAGCCUUAGAUCGAACAGAGUCUAUCACCGGUCAGCUGAGCUUCUCCCCUUCCAGUCAUCUAGUUUCCUAAUGGAGUCAACGUUGAGCAAUCAGAAGAAAUCUCAGAGUUCUUGUCCAUUUUGUAUUCUUAGUCAACGGCCGGGAAAACGUGUGCAUGAAGACCUUUCUCCCUUGUUUAUUCCUUCGUCAAAGAGCCGUCGGAAACUCAGAAGGCGAGGCUUUAACUGCGUUUAAGGACAGCUUAUCUGAUCCUACCAACGCACUCCAAAGCUGGGAUAAUCAGAACAGUGUUUCUCCAUGUACAUGGUUUCAUGUUACUUGCAAUCCUGAGAACAGAGUUGUCCGUGUUGACUUGGGGAAUGCAAAACUGUCUGGUCAACUUGUGCCACAGCUUGGUCAGCUUCCAAACUUGCAGUACUUGGAGCUUUAUAGCAACAACAUUACAGGGGAGAUACCAAAGGAGCUUGGAGACUUAAGGGAACUGGUUAGCUUAGAUCUUUACCAGAACAGACUAAGCGGUCCUAUUCCAUCCUCGCUUGGCAAACUAGACAAACUCCGCUUCUUGCGUCUUAAUAACAACAACUUGUCUGGCGAAAUUCCAUUGUCUUUGACUGCUGUGUCACUGCAAGUUCUGGAUGUCGCAAACAAUCAACUCAAUGGAGAUAUUCCUGUUAAUGGUUCCUUCUCGUUUUUUACUCCUAUUAGUUUUGCCAAUAAUAAUUUACGGCAGCCUCCACCAUCUCCGCCUCCUCCUAUCUCUACUCCACCACCUUCACCUCCAGUGUCAAGGAGUCGAAUGACUGCAGCAGUAGCAGGGGGAGUUGCUGCAGGUGCAGCAGUUCUAUUUGCAUUUCCAGCCAUUGCGUUUGUUUGGUGGAUAAGAAGUAGAUCACAGGAUCGCUUUUUUGAUGUACCUGCUGAAGAAAACCCAGAGGUUCAUUUUGGACAACUCAGAAGGUUUUCAUUGCGUGAACUGCUUGUUGCUACAGAUAACUUUAGCCACAAAAAUGUCUUGGGGAGAGGUGGUUUUGGUAAAGUGUAUAAAGGACGUUUAGCGGAUGGCUCUCUAGUGGCUGUGAAAAGGCUAAAGGAAGAACGUACCCAAGGUGGAGAGCUUCAGUUCCAAACCGAGGUCGAGAUGAUUAGUAUGGCUGUUCACAGGAACUUGCUUCGUCUUCGUGGCUUUUGCAUGACUCCAACUGAAAGAUUGCUCGUUUAUCCCUACAUGGCUAAUGGAAGUGUUGCUUCUUGUUUAAGAGAACGACUUGAAGGUAAUCCAGCACUUGAUUGGCCAAAAAGGAAGCAUAUCGCUCUGGGAGCAGCAAGGGGGCUGGCAUACUUACAUGAUCAGUGCGAGCAAAAAAUCAUUCACCGUGACGUGAAAGCUGCCAACAUAUUGUUAGAUGAAGAGUUCGAAGCUGUGGUUGGAGAUUUUGGGCUAGCAAAGCUCAUGAACUAUAAUGACUCUCAUGUGACAACUGCUGUACGUGGUACGAUUGGGCAUAUAGCACCUGAGUACCUUUCGACGGGAAAAUCCUCUGAGAAAACUGAUGUUUUUGGAUACGGUGUCAUGCUUCUUGAGCUCAUCACUGGACAAAAGGCUUUCGAUCUUGCUCGGCUUGCUAAUGACGAUGAUGUCAUGUUACUCGACUGGGUGAAAGAGGUUUUGAAAGAGAAGAGGUUUGAAAGUCUUGUGGAUGCAGAGUUAGAAGGGAAAUACGAGGAGAAAGAAGUGGAGCAGCUGAUCCAAAUGGCUCUGCUCUGCACUCAGAUUUCUUCUUUGGAACGUCCUAAAAUGUCGGAAGUGGUGAGAAUGCUUGAAGGAGAAGGUUUAGCUGAGAAAUGGGAAGAAUGGCAAAAUGAAGAGAUUUUGACAAAUGAUUCUAACUAUCUUCAAGUUGGCACUGAAUGGUUCAUCCCAAUUUCCAAUUCCCUCAUCGAAAACGAUUAUCCCUCGGGUCCCCGAUAACCCUUUUACAAAGGGCUCAUGGAGGUUCUUCAAACAAAGUAUAUAGAUUCGUAAAACCCAACAUUCACGUUUAAAUCUUUAGGAAAACAGUAACAGUACGAAUUAUUUUGUAGAAUGUAUUUUUUUUUUAUAACAAAAGCCGAAAAGAACUAAGUA